GACCCCCCUCCCGCCGGGGCUAUAAAGCGCCCGGGCGGCCCCUGCGGCGCGCUCGUCUCCCUGGCUCCACGCGCACCACGCCGCCACCAGGCUUGCGCGCAGCUCCGGGCGGACGGACUUCUGGGCACGAUGGCGUGGGUGUGGGCGCUGGUGCUUCUGGCCGCGCUGGGCAGCGCCCGGGCGGAACGCGACUGCCGGGUGAGCAGCUUCCGAGUGAAGGAGAACUUCGACAAGGCUCGGUUCUCCGGGACCUGGUACGCCAUGGCCAAGAAGGACCCCGAGGGCCUCUUUCUGCAGGACAACAUCGUCGCCGAGUUCUCUGUGGAUGAAAAUGGCCAGAUGAGCGCCACGGCCAAGGGCCGAGUCCGUCUUUUGAAUAAUUGGGACGUGUGCGCAGACAUGGUGGGCACCUUCACAGACACUGAGGACUCUGCUAAGUUCAAGAUGAAGUAUUGGGGCGUAGCGUCCUUUCUCCAGAAAGGAAAUGAUGACCACUGGAUCAUCGACACCGACUAUGACACCUACGCGGUGCAGUACUCCUGCCGUCUCCUGAACCUUGACGGCACCUGCGCUGACAGCUACUCCUUCGUGUUUGCCCGCGACCCCAACGGCCUUCCCCCGGACGUGCAGAAAAUCGUGCGGCAGAGACAGGAUGAGCUGUGCCUGGCCAGGCAGUACAGGCUGAUCGUUCACAACGGUUACUGUGAUGGCAAAUCAGAACAAAACAUUUUGUAGCAACGUGGAGUUUCAUUGGAAAAGUUCCCAUUAACUCACUCAGCCUUUGACUCUGUCUUACCUUAGGAGUUUAGUUUCCCUGCUCUGCUCCCCUCCCCUCAGCCAACAUGGAACCUUAGUACACACAAAAAUAUAUGAGGUGAUAAGUGAAUCUGCACUCGAAUGAAUGUCUGCCUUCCUGGAGUGUCCUAAGGAAUCGUUUGAGGCUUAGGAUUCCAGACUUUGAUUUAUUAAAAUAUAGUCACCGGUUUGCUGUGA